AUGCUACGCCCACACGGGCUUUGUCAUUGCCGCACCCUCCAUCCUGCGGCGCUCUGCAGCCAGUCUGUCACCUGCCCUACCGUCAACAUUUACCUCAGUGCUCCUCAACUUCUUUGUGGUGAUGGAGGACGAUUCCCGCCGAGUAGGGCAGUGGACCAGAGGCCGGGAGGUGCCCGUAGCCUUCGCAGGAGAGAGGCCCCACAACACAAAAACACUCGGCCAUUAUACGAGUCAGGGACGAGCUAG